AGGAGGAGGAGGAGGAGGGAGGUGAGGGACGGCUCCCGCCGCCCGUCCUCCUCUGCCAUGCCCUUCCUCGCCGCCCCCUCACCUCCGUAGGAGAUUCUGCAGCCGGCAGGUCGCUGCCCCGCACCGGCAGCUCUGACCGCCUCCUCCCGGUCUCUCUCUUUUUCAGAUGUCAGUUGUUGCACCAAAAAGCUCAGCUGGAGAAGUGUACCUACUGGUAUAAAAUAGCGUUGCUGUUUUGAAGGGGUGGAUUGGGACACUUGUUGCAGAGAUCAUCUGCUUUGUAACGUCAAGGUGUUUCCUUCAGCUGGCCUUUGUAUGCAGACCACCUUUUGUCCUCUUCAGCCCAUUCAGAAUUUGACUCAAGUGUAGGCUCUCAGUCCAGUGUAAAGAUGAUGGUUGGGAGCAAAGGUAAAGAAUGAUGUAAUGCAGCGGCAUCCAGAAAGCAUCUUUUGUGAGAAUUGUGCAAUGGCUACUCCAGUCAUCUCCUGAUGAAUCAGAUGUGAAGGGUUGCUCUGUGGAAUGAGCCCUUUGUAACGGCACAUCAACUGGAAGCAGGAGGAGACAUUCAGCUGAAGAGCUCUUUCUGAAAAUGGGUUUAACUUUUCUUUUGCCAGUCACUACCAGCAUGACCUCAUACACUUCUAGUACAGUGCUGUGGCUAAGCCUUUGAGUACACAGCCAUUACAUCAUUGCAGCAAAUUAGAGAGGGAGGUGGUGAAAGAGGCCUCAUUGUUGUCAUGGCCGAUGAGAUGAUCAGCACUCAACUCAUUGUCGCCGAGAAGUUGGUGGCUUUGCUGGAGAGUGGUACUGAAAAAUUGCUGCUGAUUGACAGCCGCCCCUUUGUGGAAUACAAUACGUCCCACAUCUUGGAUGCCAUCAAUAUCAACUGCUCGAAGCUUAUGAAGCGGAGGCUGCAGCAGGACAAAGUUUUGAUUACAGAGCUCAUUCAGCAUUCAGCAAAACACAAGAUUGAAAUUGAUUGCAAGCAGGAAGUAGUAGUAUAUGACCAAAGCUCUAAAGAUGUGACCUCUCUCUCACCUGACUGCUUUCUUACUGUGCUCCUGGGCAAACUGGAGAAGAACUUCAUCUCUGUAUAUCUGCUUUCAGGUGGAUUUGCUGAAUUCUCCAGCUGUUUCCCUGGUCUCUGUGAAGGAAAAUCCACGCUUGUCCCUACUUGCAUUUCUCAACCCUGUCUACCAGUCUCUAACAUUGGCCCAACCAGGAUUCUGCCUCAUCUCUAUCUGGGGUGUCAGCGGGAUGUCCUCAACAAGGAGAUGAUCCAGCAGAAUGAUAUUGGAUAUGUACUAAAUGCCAGUAAUACUUGUCCAAAGCCCGAUUUCAUUCCAGAAUCCCAUUUUUUGAGAGUGCCUGUGAACGACAGCUUUUGUGAGAAGAUUUUGCCUUGGUUGGAUAAAUCAGUUGAUUUUAUAGAAAAAGCAAAAGCAUCAAAUGGCCGUGUGUUAGUGCACUGCUUAGCUGGAAUAUCUCGUUCUGCCACAAUUGCUAUUGCAUACAUCAUGAAGAGAAUGGAUAUGUCCUUAGAUGAAGCUUACAGAUUUGUGAAAGAAAAAAGGCCGACCAUUUCUCCCAACUUCAACUUUCUGGGCCAGCUUUUGGACUUUGAGAAAAAAAUCAAGAACCAGAGCGGUCAGCCUGGACACAUCAGCAAGCUGAAACUUCUGCACUUGGAGAAAAGCGGCGAGCACGUGCUGGUGCCAGAGGGGGGGCAGAGCAGCCUCGCCACGAGUCAGCUCUGCAUCACUGCUACCUCAGAGAUCGUAGAACCGAAGCCCGCAGACCCCGGCAACAUGCCAUGCACUCACUUGCCCUCGCUGGAGGACAGCCCACUGGUACAGGGCAUAAAUGGGCUGCACGUCUCCCUAGAUAAGGUAGAAGACAGUAACCGGCUGAAGCGCUCCUUUUCACUGGAUAUCAAAUCUGUGUCCUACUCUGCCACUAGCAGCUGUGUGACUGCAUCAGUGCAGGGCUUCACCUCUUCCGAAGACACCCUGGAGUACUAUAAACAUGCAACAGCUUUAGAGGGAAGCAGCAAGCUGUGUCAGUUCUCCCCUGUGCAGGAGGUCUCAGAGCAGACCCCAGAAGCCAGCCCUGAUAAAGAGGAAGCAAACCCUCCAAAGAAGCCCCAGAAUGCCUGGCAGCUGGAUAGCCAGAGCAAGCGGCACGUGGGGAGAUCCAGCAGCGGUGCAGUCACUCAGCGGGCACUCCUGUACCCGCUGCACCGGAGCGGGAGCAUGGAAGACAACUACCGAACGAACUUCUUGUUUGGGCUCUCCACCAGCCAGCAGCACUUGGCGAAAUCUGCGGCUGGGCUGGGCCUCAAAGGCUGGCACUCGGACAUCUUGGCUCCUCAGACAUCGGCCCCAUCCCUUACCAACAGCUGGUACUUUGCAGCCGAGUCCUCACAUUUCUACUCUGCCUCUGCCAUCUAUGGGAACAGUGCUGCCUACUCUGCCUACAGCUGCAGCCAGCUGCCCACGGGCUGCGAGCAAGCCUGUGCUGUGCGCAGGAGGACGAAGCAGGGCAACCGCGGAGACUCCAGGCGGAGCUGGCACGAGGAGAGUUCUUUUGAAAAGCAGUUUAAACGCAGAAGCUGCCAGAUGGAGUUUGGGGAAAGCAUCAUAUCGGACAACAGAUCCAGAGAAGAACUGGGGAAGGUGGGCAGUCAGUCGAGCUUUUCGGGCAGCAUGGAAAUCAUUGAAGUGUCCUGAGGAACGGUGGACUAGUGUGACUGUAGCGGAGGCGCUCCCCCUCCAGUUCCCUGCAGGUCUGAAAAGGACAAACCCUGCGCAGAAGGGGGAGGGAGGAGACAUGGAGCUUUGGUGGGAGCACAGUGACUAGAUUGAUAGAGCAAGGCAACAAGAGAACAUCCGCAUGAGGAGACUGAGCCUACCAUUGGGGUCUUCUCCUCCCACCCUGGAGAAGGGCAGAACAUUUCAAAGAUUUUCCCCUGACACAGGAAGCAAUUACGUGCAAUGGAUUGCACAUCCUUUCAGUGUUUUCAGAAAGGAAACUCUCUUGGUACCAGACCAUUUCUCUGCUUCCACUGAAACACGCUCCUACCCAUCAAAGCUAGUUUUAUUCUCCCCUCCUCAAGCCCCAAGUCCUCACCAGUGCACCUUAGCUCUGAUGCUGAGCCAACCUCUGGAAGGAGACCUGAGGAGAAAGGAGGCUGGGAGUGAUUCCAAAGGAACUAGGGACUGGUUGCAGCAAGGCUGGUCUGAAAAGACAAUUCAGACAAAUGUAAAUACUGGUGUAACUAUUGUUCUAAUGGAUAGGCUUUAGGUGAUUUUCUAGAGAGCUGCUUCAGAGAAGAAACCAGUACCUCAAAAAUAUAACAGACUAGGGCUUUAUGGCUGCCGGAUGCCGGUAGUCAGUUGGUAAGCAAUGUGAACAAGUAACAACUAGCCACGUUGGAUUUUUUUUAAAGCUGUCUACGCACAAGUGUUUCAGUUGGCCUAGCAGUAAUUCUUAAGACAAGUGAUCUGUAUUUGUGGCCAUUUCCCCCAUUCUUUUGAAACGUAAAAUAAGCAGUGUUUGUAUUUCAGCUAUUAAGCUGGCUUCUGGGAGAGGGACAGUUUGGCUUCUAAGCUGUAAUGGAGCAGUUACCACUUAAGAUGACAGAGAAGUGGCUAGUACAAUGCCACAAAGCCCUCUUCUGGACAAUUAACAAUUCAACAGAUGGCUCUAGAAAAAAGGGGUUGUAAGCUCCCGUGAGCUGGGGUUUUGUUCUGAACUGAGGGCUACCGUACUGGCCUGUUUUUCAUACCCAGCUCCAGUCUACGUGUGGGAUGAGAGUGAUUCAUGGUUUUGUUUUUUUUCCCCCCCACCAUCUUCACCCAGACUGAGGACUCUGAGGCAGAUGCCCGUUUCAGGUUUGCUGACUUCAUUUGAGAAAGAGGUCUGUUCAUGUGUCCAGGGAAAACAGAAAGGGGAACUCCAAAGUCCCAUCUCAUAAUGCAGUGGGAAAGAAACAAGAGUUUGAGAAGACAGCUUUAAUGGAAAGCCUGCUCACCUCCUGCACUUGCAGAUCCAAAGGAACUUCAGUUUUGGCUGCUGUCCUCUGUCCCAGCUUAGGGUCCUGGUUUCCCAGUGUGCUGAUGCAGAAUUUGGCUGCAAUUGCCUCUAGUUGCUCUGCCACGGGCCAGCGUUCUGUUUUCUGAUCUCCACCAACCAAGAAUGUGCCACGGUGAGGAGGUAUUUUUUCCCCACUGCCAGCGAGGUGUUUCAUGGGAGAUGAGGCACGGCCUCCUUGUGUUGUUUUUGACAGAGAACCAGCUGCUUCCCCUGCAGCAUGCCAUUCUUGUGGUAUGUCAGCUGCUGCUGUGCAUGCACAGCGCUGUGCCGAGCUGGCAGUGGGCAAGGAGCGGGAGCAGAUGCGCAGUGCAGAGCUCCGUCUUCCCCCUGGUGCUGGGAUGGAAGCUGCACACGUGUUAGCUUGGGCUUCCCCGAGGCCCCACAGAACGCAGAUGUGGGGGGAAAUAUAUUGUUUUGUCCAAUUUCAGUGCAGGCGGCUGAAAACUGUAAAUCACAUGUAACAAAAACCUACCCCUGGCCAACAGCUUUAAAAAAAAAUUGUCUGCGGCAAACUGAAGCCCUAAUUCAAGUCAGCAGCUUGGGUGUUGUUUUUUUUUUUACUGUAAGUUUAGCUAGUUUGUGACUCAAAUCUCAGGUUUUACUAUAUUGAAAAGCAGAGAAAAUCUCAUCUUUGUUUUGCGGCUAGGAUGUGACAGUUUCCUACAGUGGACUGUAUAAAAUAGCACUGAAAGCUACAGCAUUGAUUAACUUGAUCCUAAAUCGUGCAAAAGACACACAGAGAGGCAGCAAGAGGAUGGGCUGAACCUAGAGGCUGUGUUGGUGAGGUGUGUGAAGUGCCGGAAGAAGGGCAGCGCAGGCAAGGGCAGCCGAUGCUGUGCUGUGAAGUAGGUCAGGCUGGAGCUGCUUGUUAAGCAUACUGCCACUUGGCUGUGUUUACAUAACGAGUGAAAGCAAUUACAUUAUGACUGUUUCCAGCAUAUAUACACACUGAGCGUGUAUAUAUACACAACCAUUUAGUUGUGCUCCUCUCAGGCAGAUUUCAGUAAAGAUCCAUGGCUUUCUUUGAUUUAAAUCACUUAAUGGGGUAAGCGCAAAUAAAUCCCUGCAGGCAGGAACAGAAUUUUCCUGGGUUUUGUGUUCUCAUGUGUGAGAGUGUCCCCACGCUCACAUGAGUGUGUAGAGAGUCCUAGUCUCUUUACACACUCACAUAGGUAUGCUUCAGUUUUUGUGGGUGACUCCUUCUGAGGGACUGAAAUUUGGAUGUCUGGCUCCUAGGGAUUUCCAGUGUGCUGCAGUCACUGCAGGCAUGAAAGCUGUAGGCUCAGAGUGUUGGGGGACAGGUUCCUGUAGGAGGAAGCCGUAAAUCAAUAUCCUGUGCAGGGUGCUGCCCUAUUUCACUUCUCCAGUAGUGUACUGUACCUGAAUGAUGCUGGAAAUGGUUUUUAGAAGGGCAGAACGCGAAAUGGAGGGUGUAAGGGGGGAAUGUGUAUAUGUUCAAUAUGAAUAUAAUGAUCUUUGGUGUAUGGAAGGUGUUUAAAUGGUUCAGAGAGAUGUGAGUUUCUCAUAUUGUGUCAUGAGCAUUACCUGUAUGUUAUGAUGAAAUAAAAUCAUAAAUGGUA